CUCACUAUUGGGGUCCACUGGGCCUAUGGUCCCAUACUCUUUCUUUUCGCCAGGUAGGGAAAUAGAUUUAGCCAUUCAUUUAACGACACAGAUCUUAAAAUCUCAAUUUGGUGGACACUGUGCUCAACUGCUUUUUUUUGUAUAGCUCAUGGUUAGUCACUGGCCUCUUAUGUAUUUGUUUUUGUUCAUAUGAAUUUGAGUCGAAUGGGAUCAUUUCCUUUCAAGAUGCUUGUUCCUGUUUACAAUUCCCGGUUAAAAAUGCAGCCAAAGACUGCUCUAAUUAUCUGCAAUCAAUUUAGAAAUCUAGUAUGAAGCAAAACAAAGAAGGUUUUCUGAGGAAGAAAAUUCAUGACGAAAAUCUCGUUUGCAUUGAAAUAGAGGAUUUAGCAUUAGCUUUUCCAAGGUAAACUUCACAGUAAGGUGAACUGAUUUUAAUCCCGAUAACCUCAGCAAUUAUUAUGGAUUCUUUUAGAUUUCUGAAAUGUGUAUUUCUUGCAAAACUUUGGAUUAGCAAGAAAGUGUUUUAUAUGUUCAUUGUUGAUACCUCAUUUCUGCGAAUGAAUUUGUUACAAUUUUAACCAUCUUUUUAUCCGCUUCACAUUGGUCUCAUAAAAUAAAUCGAGUUAUUGUUCUCGACGAAGGUGUUUAGAAGUUUGAUUGAUCUGUAAGGGAGUACGGGGUGAGUUUGGAAAGAGGGACCUAUGUAUUGCAAGACGAUUGAGAAUCAUUAAAUAGCAUUUAUACAUCGAUUUGCUCAAGACGUCUCUUCAAAUGCAACCAAAACUUUCAAGAAUUAUUAACUGUUCACUUUCUUUGCUAAUCUGUUGAAUGAAAUUAAAACUAAAUUUUCCUAGCAAAAAGAGAAACGAUUCGUUGCACGUUUGUCUCUAGACCUCGAAUCCUCUUCAACUUAAUGGCCAAAUGGGUCGAUACUAAGCCAGCUGUUACCAUGAGAUAAUAUACCAACGUAUCAGAAGGAAGAGUCCACAACAUUGCUUCUACUGCCUCAAAUAAUAACCCCCGUGAUUGAUUAACGUUUGUCCUUUGCGAAAUUGUAAUGUUUCUUUUAUAGCUUUACCAUCCUUUUUAUUCAACUAGCGUUAUCCUGUAUGAGUACAUUGGAAUUUUAGUUAGCCCAUGAAUCAAGAAGUAUUGAUUAAAGGGUGUUGUGAAAAGAAUUAUAUUCGAUUGGUUAGUUUUUAGGUGUUUUUACAUAAAAAAUCGCCGCAAACUUUUACAAUGCUGGCUGCCGUGUUCAUAUUGUUUUCAACCCUUUGUCAUUGCAAUAGAAAGAGGGCUACAACAGGAAGAAGGUUGCAUGGUUUAGGGGGAAAAUGUCUGCUUUGCUUCGUUAUCUUCUAUCAGAACGUUACGGGAAAAUCGUUGCAGGGCAGUUAUAGGGGACAAGCUAAGGAGUGCAAUUGCAGCAGUGUAAACACAUACUGUUACUUAAAAUAAGAAUAGGAGAGAAAACCAACCAUUCAAGUUAUAGCAAUAACAAAUUGUGGUCGUGUGUAAGGAAGAAUCUUUUUUUUUUAGUUUAAGAAGAUAUGAAUUGUACGGAUUGGGUUGUUGAAAUACAGUUGCCUCAAUAAUUCGAAAAUUUGUUCUUGAGAAACUUCUCCAUGAAAACGCAGUCAGCUGUUAAUUUGGAUUGGUAGGAAUAACAUCCUCAAAAACAUCGCUUCAAAGAUUUGCUGGCUCAAGGUCAACGCUGCACUGCUUCAACUGAUCAUAUGACACAAAAUCUCCAAUCGCCGGCCUCCACAUAAAGCCCGUUUUGCCCUUUAACACGAAAUCUUUAAGUCCAAUCUCGUUCUUCCCCACCCUUUUGUCUGCCCUACGCUACAUUCACUUUCUCAGACUCGGUAACCUAAUUCGUGUUACUUUCCUUCUGGAUCGUGGAGCAACACGAGAACGACUCCUAACUGUCAUUCAAAACAUUUUACUACCAAUCUACUGUAGUACUCAAACCAUUGCUUUAACUUAUGAUUUUGUGAAUAUUCAAUAAACCUGCUUUGUUCCACAGACCAAUUCUUUUUCAGUGUGUAUAGAUGGUCUAUUGGCAGAUCUUCUCAGGUGCUCAAUUCGUCUCCAUGCUCGCAUUUGCUAUGACCUGUUAUUUUAUGAAUCAGUAGUCAAGUCCGAUUCAAAUGCUUAUUAUCUGCAUUUUUGUGCUGUGAAACCCACAACUUUAGCGUAGGUCUAAGCCAUCUGCAUCUGAUGGAAAACAAACUUACGGAGAAUUUAUCAUUGGUUUUCAAUACUAGACUCUGAUUUUCCUACUUGUUUUAAAAACUUGGCCGUCUGGAGGUAUCAAUUUUUUUGCUCCCUUGUUUAAUUGCUCGUUGUAAAAGGGAGAAUUUGAACACAUCAUUAAAUAUGGAUACGGCAUAAACACAAUUGAGGUUUUGCUGCAUUCAAAGCAAGGAAGAGCAUCUUGCUAGCCGUGGCCAUCGUAUGAAGCUUCGUCAAAGUUUUUGUCGUCUGGAUAGAGCAAUACUUCUCUUUGAGUAAUAAAGAUAUUCGGAAUACUGCACUGUAUCGUAUAUGAUCUCAUUCUGGACAUUUGUGGAGACAAAUUACCAUGUUAGUGAUAUUUGGAGCUGGAUAGAAGCAUCAGAAAAGUUUGUGAUCAAAAGCAGUUGAAAUCAUUUUUUAUGAUUCGAUUGCUGGAAUGGAAAUUAUUAUCGCAGUUACUGGAUGUAUAAAUUUGCUUACUUAACUUCGAUUUUUGGAUUUAUUUUGUGAAAAUUGAAGAAGCAGCUCGUUCCUGUGCUGACUUUGCAAACGGCCUGAUGACGCCCUGGCUCGACGAGCUUAAAUCUUGGCAGUAUUUGUCAAUGCCUAUGGCUUUUCUUCGCCUAAGUUGGAAUGACUGAUUUAAUGGGAGUUAUCGGGUUCAUAACAUUUUUAUCACGGGUAUUUGAGGACAAAGGGUGAAUAGAAACAACAUGGCGGCCACAGAUUUUUUCGGCGACUGACAAUCUUUCGACGUCGUCAGAAAUACCUAGAGAUUAAGGUCAUUUUGUUUGACAUACAUCGGGUAUUUUUAAUCACAAAUGAAUAUGAUACAUGCAGUAAGCAAGAAGCGGGCACCCACUCUUCGCUUACCGAAUCCAGAGGAGCUCAAAUCACACGCACACGAUACUCCACACGAUGAAGCCGAUGUUAUCACGAUUAACGUGGCAGGGAAAUAUUUCCAGACAUACGAUAAAUGUUUAAAACGAUAUCCUCACACGUUGUUAGGAGAUGCGGAACGACGUCUGAUGUACUACAAUGAAGAAAAGAAAGAGUAUUUCUUUAACAGACACAGAAGCGCCUUUGAGGCGAUUUUAUAUUAUUAUCAAUCACCAAAUGGAGAAUUGGUCAGACCAUCUCAUAUACCCAUUCAUGUAUUUCUUAGUGAAUUGAUAUUUUUCGAUAUGGGUACUGAAGUGAUUGAUGGAUUCCAAAUAGAGUCCGGGAUAAAGGAGGUUCAGGUGGACCGGCCAAAACCAAAAUGGAAACCAUUCCGGAUUAUUUGGGACUUUUUAGAUGACCCGGAAUCGAGCAAGCCAGCCAAGUUAUUUGCAAUAACAUCGGUUAUCAUAAUUGUAUUAUCGUUAGUUAUGUUUGUGAUGGAGACAUUACCGGAAUUUAGCGAGAAGGAAGUAGUAGUGGACGGCCGCGUAACUACUAUACCGAGUAAGCAUGCUGGCUGGAUGUUCAAUGUAAAUACCGCAGUGAUUAUUUGGUUUACUGCCGAGUACCUAACACGUGUUAUUGUGAGCCCAAAUAAACUUCAGUUUUUCACAGAUGCGUUGAACACUAUAGAUCUUCUGUCCAUAGUACCCUUUUACAUCAGUAUAGCACUCCCAUCAGGAAACAGCACGCUGUCAAUUUUGCGUGUUGUUAGAGUCAUUCGUGUCUUGCGUGUUUUCAAGCUGUCACGACACUCACGUGGCCUACAGAUUCUUGGAAAUACACUCAAAGCUUCUGUUAAUGAGCUCAUGAUGCUUGCCUUUUUCCUGUUUGUUGUUAUUUUGAUUUUUGGAAGCUGCGUGUAUUACGCAGAAACCUCGCGGAAAGGCACAAAAUUCACAUCUAUCCCAGCCUCAUUUUGGUGGGCUAUAGUUACAAUGACUACGGUCGGAUAUGGGGACAUGGCCCCCCAAACUUUGUGGGGGCAAAUUGUUGGAGGUUUGGCUGUGGUAUGUGGUGUUUUGACCAUAGCAUUGCCAGUCCCAGUGGUUGUGUCUAAUUUUGAACAUUUUUAUACUAAAGAAAGAAAUAGAAAAAGAAUGGAGGAAAAGAGGAAUCAGGACAAUCGCAACGGUAAUGUGCACAAAUUGCAAAAUACUGUACGGUCUUGUACCGAUGCUAUGGUAGCUCGUAUGAUACCGAAAAGUCGGAAGAGAAGGAAAGAAGUAGAUGACGUAUCUGAGGGCUCGUCCCAUGGCCACCAAACACGGUCCAAUGGGGAGACAGUUUUUAUCUCCAUACCCUUAGAUGACGACGGACAAGAAAGCACGACGUCCGUGUGAUGUUGCGAUUAAAUUCGAUCAGAGUUGGUUUUGGCUACAAUAGCCGCAGCAAACGCAAGUUUUACGCUGAUUGGGGCUGCCGGUAAUGUCAUCUUACUGAUGUCAGCUGUCAAAUUGAGCAAUCCGGUACCAAUAUCGGAAGACCGAUGUCAGAUGUUGAAGUGUCCGGUAUCAACUGUCCGGCAUCAACUGUCCGGUGUCAACUGUCCGGUGUCAACUGACCCAUGCCAACUGUCCGCUAAAAGCUGCAUUGCGCGACUUGUCAGCAUUCUUGUGAAGCUGAAAUUGCAGAAAUAGCAUCAGCAUUUCAGUUGUGUCUUGUUGUUUAUCAGCCUUCAGCAGUAGCGUGAUUACCUUGCAUUCAUGUUUGGGGUACUCAGCUGCCGCCUUCAUACCCCAGCUACAAGAAAAGGAUUGCAUGCAGGCAUCGCCCCCUUAUGUCAUUGCCAUGGUCUCAAUGACAGUAAGCAGAAGCCGAUCUUCAGUAUUGAGCAAAAACAAUUGCUCCUGGUGUAAAUUUUUGUAUGCAUAUAUAGACAUAUUAAUUUGAUGAUAUAGUCUAAUAGUUUUAUCCAUAGAAGUGACAAAACGAAUAGUUUACAAAUGAGCACGAGAAUGACAAUGUGAUGCACAUACGAGCUUGGUUGUUUUCGCUCCUGUCCAAUUUCAACAGUUCAAGAUCGGGAUGUCCCCACAUUCUCUGUUAUUAUCUGAUUACAUUGAUUGCAGUCAUCAGCUACUCUGAAAAACAGACCAUCUAGAUUCUAAAUCCCCAUUGAUUGACCAUUGCGAUUUCCCGAUCACUGCAAGCCCAAGCUACCAUUCUGUAUGCGUAAUUUGAAAUGAGCAUAUCAAUUGUCAAUCACAGAUAGAUUUGAUCGAUCAUUACUGUCUAUCAAUCGAUAUUGCUAAAUCGUCACCUGCAAUCAGAGGCUCAUUAACUGCAAUCAACUGUUCAGAUGGUAAUCAACGUCGCCCUUGACUGAUCACUCCAAUCCACAAAAUGGCCGGAAUCCUAAAGUUCAAACUUGAUUGAUAAAGCUCAACUUAAUACAACAACAAAUGUAUGGCACAAAAUCUCGCUUUAAUAAACAGAGGUAAGGAUUUUUUAUUAUAAAAUCUGAGCAGAAAAUUGUUCAGCUUUUUUUAAAAAUUGCAGUAUUAAUUUUGAAAUAGUUUCCGUUAUUAAUUGCAUAUAGUCAAAGAAAACCGCUUUUUAUCCUGUAGUUAAUAUCGCUUCUUCUUCAUCAUUUAAAAGGAAACCAGAAUAAAUAUCGUUUAAUAAAGAGUAGUAUCCGUCAGAAACUUUUACCCGAAUAUAUUUAAAUGAAUAUUACAGUUUAGUAUGGUUCGGCUGAUAAUUCCCUAUAAUCUUGUGUAGCUCAGUUCAUAUCGUGAUCAAUUUUAUCUCUUAGAGCCAUGUCUUUCAAUUUCAAUUUUGUGAUAGAUUACUCCCGGAGGGUAUCUAAGAUAUAUUAAGGCUCCUCCUUGUUAUCAGUUACGUUCUGGUUUACAUCUAAUGUUUCUUUAUGCUUUACUAAGACCCGCAAAUCAGCUUUCUUUGAUAAAACGGUGCGCUUUCGAUGCCAAUGCCCCCUCCCCAUUGUACAUUACUGCCCCCAAUAUCUAUCGUAUUAUUUGUAUAUUUAUUGAAGUUCCCUCGAAAAUUCCCUCAAAAACAAAAAGUUCUCCAUUGGUUAUACAACUUAUAUCAUUUUUCGUUCUAUAUCAUUUCCUAAAGGAUCACAAGUAACUGUUUCUUCCCAUUGCAACUGCCUUUUCAAUGUCCCCUGAAAUUAUUGAAUUUGAAUGAAAGGCCAUUCCCAGAACCUGAGUUUACCAACAAAAACUCUAAGAUAAGAAAACAGACCAGAUGUAUCAAUAACAAUGCAUAACUUCAUGAUAUUUUCGAAGACAGAAUUGAUCAUCUACAAAUUUUGUUAACUGCUUUCUUCCUCUACCGAGUCUAACUUUGCAUAGAUCUCAGAAUAUUUUUAGCAGAUAACUACUUGAUAAUUCUCCAUUGGUAAUACCACUUUUAUGGCCAUCAUUGUUUCAAGCAGCCUCCUUUUGAAAUUCAAGGUAAGAAUGACUCCUCAAGCCAUUCUGGACACAAAUAGGAACCUGGACACGAAUUUCGUAUCUUUGCAAGUAGUGAUUCAUUUUUGCUACCUUAGCCCCGUUCCUUAAUUAGAAAAUCUCUGUUCAACUGUAUAUUCCCUGUUUAAUGAUAUUUAUAUAAAUAUAUAUAUAUAUAUAUAAUUUAUAUAUAUUUAUAUUGGAUACAAUUUAUAAGUAUGCUCAAACAAACAGGAAAACGUGAGUUUCAAUGCCCCGUUAUUCAAACCAAGCACCAGGUAAACGCCCCUUUUAGGACAAAGAUAUGGUUCUCGACGCCCUGGGCGGUUAUUAAAUGCAUUAAAAGAUAAAUGUUCAUUUAUUUAUCUAUUCAAAAAAUGUUCCUAAAUACAUUUUCAGCUAAGUUUUUGAUUUUCAGCGCGUUUGAAGAGUGCAAAAAUACAAUACUAGACAAACUCAUAGUAACUGUGAUGAAAGUUUCAUUUCUACACUAAACAGUAAGAAGACCAUUUCCGAACCAGUCCACUGCCCCCCCCCCACCUCCAGCUUUUAUUUAUGAAAUUUCUGAUUCUCUUGCUAGCUCAGAAUUCCUUUUCAGCUAUUAUCCUCCAUGUACGAUUUACAUUAUUUUAUAAAUAGUCUUUAGACUCAAAGUCAAUGUACAUAUAUUUAUGACAAUGUCUUUGAGCUUCGACAACGUCAUGAUUUAAUAUUCGAAAAAGGUGACAGAUCGCGUGAUCUGAUCUUAGAAUUAUAAUCUAAUUUCCGGAUAAUUUUCGUAAUAAUGUUGUUUAAAUAUUCAGAGUUGCAUUUCUAUUCAUGACUUUCUCAAUAUUUCAGUUUUGUUUAUUUCAUCCCCCCCCCGACCUUAUUGAAAAGGGCAGUACAGUAAAUCCCCGCAUAUAGGAACCUACUUUUUUGAGGUUCAGGCUGAAGUAGGUUCUUAUUGGAAAGGUACUUACAUUAUUUUCAGGGUAUGAAGUUUCUUUUUCGAAGGAUCCCUUAUUUCAAAUUAUUGAAUUCAUCAUCAAGAGAUGCAUUCAACCCUGUUUUUUCCUUUUGGCAAUUAUAUUAAUGCAACAUUACAAAGAUAUUUACAGGAAGACAUUUGAGUGCACUGGCUGCCUUAUGACAGCGGAUGGAUCUGGAGAUGAUCUCAUAUGUCCUCAGGAAUUGAAAACUAUGAAUUCUAAUGCUUUUAUUUCAUUUUUCAACAUUUUGGAUUUUGCUAUAUAUAAUUAUGCUAAAAAGUCAAAGUGAUUUUAAAGUUCUCUUUCGUUAAAGUGUAUAAAAUGCUGAAAAUGCACAACUGAAAAUUUUUAUACCGAUUGUGAUUUUACCUCAUCUUUAAAAAUCUGGGAGUAAAUUAGGACCAUUGAAAACUCUAUUUUGUGCCCUUGGGAUAAGAACCUAUUAUAUUUUAUCACACUGAAACAGGUUCUUAAUUACAAGGUGCAUAAUAUAGGAAAAACAGCCUCUAGGUUCCUAUUUUUGUAGGUUCUUAUAUGCAGGGAUUUAUUGUAACAAGAGAAGAAUAAUUGUGUUGGUGUGACACCCCUUGGUCUGAUUUAAAGUAAAGACAUUAUAUGAAAACGAGUCUUUGCCAAUUGUUAAUCGUGCAUUUCAGUUUGAGCAACUGACAAGUAAAGCCAUCAAAAAUCCUUUUAUGGCUUUUCGCUUGUCAGUAUUAAAGCUGCUUUGGGUCGCUGUGCUCCAUCCGAAAAAUUCGAAACGGGGCGCUAAGGCUCCAUCCAAAUGGACCAAAUUCCUGGAAUGAAAUCUGAUCAGCAAAUUUUUGCGAAUAUUUUUAUCUGACUUGGUACCUUGGUACCAAGACGUUGUUAAUUGAUGUUAUAUUUCUGGAUCGUCGUGUUUGGGAUUUAGUCCUCGUUCAAUUACUUUUUAUGUACUAUCCUUCAAAUUACCACAUUCAACUGUGGCAGAUAAAAUCACCAAAUUAAUGGCAAAUGAAAAACCGAUUUAGAUUAUGAAAAGCGUAACUUCGUUAUUAAGGCCAACUAUGCUAUCGAUGCUGUGUGCCCCUCAAUUUUAAAAUGAAUUAUGAAACGAAAUAUCAUUAAUGAAAUUAAAUGGAGAAAGAUACAGCACCAAGUUUUGGACAAAUGAUGUUUUGACUGCGAAUGUCUGAAUUGCAUAUUAAAGAUAAGUGACAUUCUAAGACUGUUACAUUGAUCAAUGAGUAAAUUGUUAUAUAAAAUAGGUCUCAAACAAAACUUGUUGACGUCACAGAAAGAUAGGUCACUUGAUUUACCUUAUGUGGUAUAAAUGGUAUCGAUUUGUGUUAUACGUCUUACAAAAUGCCCGGUAGGCACGCCAUUCAUAUCGAACAAUGUACGCUUCUGGGGCGACAGGGUUUUAUAAAUGUACCAUGAAUGGCUGAUUAUGGACUAGUGAAUGCUUUGCACAAUAUGAACAAUCAGGAUGUAUGAAUUAUUGAUUUCUGGUGAUUUUGUUUUAUCAAUUUUAAUUGCUGCACCAUUCAGAAAUAGUUAUGUUUGAUGGAAAAUAUAGAUUCUGGUGCCAAUGGUUCUUAUGAAUGCGUCUAUGACAUGACAUUUGUGACUGGCUGCCAAAUUGGGGUCAGCAAGCGAGACAGAUUUGAUACAGUUUCAUUUGCCAAGGAUAUGAAUUUUGCAAGAUGAGGUAGCAUAUAUAUCUUAGAGAAGGGAGGGGGUUUCAUCAAUCAUUAUCACAUCAUAUGUGUUAGGCAUUAAAAUAUUAAAAGCAACAAUUUUUUUGUAAUCUUUAACUAAGUUUACCGAAUCUUUCUUAUCAUCUUAGUUAUGGUUCAUCAUCACUUUCAUUCUUCACAUACCUUUUACUUCAUAAAUGAUUAAAAUCUUCAGGCGAUCGAAAUUUUCUGACAAAAUUUUGCCCGAAAUCUUUAUUGUCUAGAAUCUGGCUUUUACGAAAUUUGUUGUCCGAAAGUUUUAAAUUCUUAGAAAAUAAACAACGAAAAAAAAACCUGUAAGCUUCUUGCAUAAAACUGAAAUCUGAAGAAGCGCAGGAACCUUUUUCGAAAUUCUGUGAUGCCCUGCCCUGAAGUGAUGCUAUGACUUCCUUCCUAGAAAAUUUUUGCGACCACGCCCUCUAAAUAAGCUAAAAUUUAUUAAUUUUCUGGCAGUUGUAAUAUUUCCAGUUAAUUCCAUUAAAAUGGAGUUCAUUAUUUUAUAGGGCCCCCUAGAUCUUAAGGUCCUAGGGCAAUUUCCCCUUUAUGCCCCCUUUUCUCGGUGGCCCUGCUUUUUGAUAACAUAGUAAUUUCGAAUUUCGACCAAACCUUUGGAAAGGUAGAUGUUGGCGUUAACGAUGGCAUCAAUAGGCGUAAGAGCGAGGGGGCAUCAGUACCUAACCCCUUAUCCCCUACCUUUGUUGGGCAUAAACGAACGUCUGUUGGGACAGUUGGGACAAACGAACUGUUUGCAUAGACUUUCGAAUAAAUAUGAAGGUGAAAAUAUAUGAAUUUGUAUUCGAGUUGUGAAUAAGGAAUGUGGCAGCGAAAGAGAAGUAAUAGAGGGAAAAAGAAAAAUCACAGUUUUUAAUGUACCUGCUUUUCAUUUGGGCAAAAAAAUUGCAGCCCCCCUCCCCCACAAGGUUGAAGCGCCCCUACACAGAUGGUUAUGCCCCUUCUAAAAACCAUGAUUACCUUAUGUUUCGAACUUACAUGAAAGAAUUAGACGCCUGAAAUUUCGGACUUUUUUGUUUUCUGACAGAAGGAGCACCCGAAAUCUUUACCGUCUGAAAUUUUUGUUGUCCGGAAUUUUAGCUGUCCGAAUUUUUUUUGCAUUAUCGGAAAAAAUCACAGUUGAAUUUUUCAUUUUUAAAAAUGGAAUGUGUUGCUCACAUACAUUUAGCAUUUAAAGGGGAAGUGUUGUAAGAACUAGCUACUAAGUGAAACUGUAUCAUAUCUUGGCAAACAAACUCGUUUAGCAAUCACAAAUAAUUAACCUCAACAAUUAAUAUAUCGUCCUCUGUCAUACUUUCAUCAUAGUCAAUAUCAAUUUCUUUGUUUUGUUUAUUUUCUUUAUCUGGCUCUAUUACAUCCACUUUGUAAUUUCCUUUAAUAAAUGUUGUGAGUUGGGCAAGAUUCCUUUGAUUUUCCUCUC